AGGAAUCAAGGAUGCUGGGAAGCCGCCAUAGCUCAUCUCUUUAUGAAGCAGGAGAAAUGGCCUCCAUGGAACAGGAUCAGGUGACUUUUGAGGAUGUGUCUGUACAUUUCAGUGAAGAAGAGUGGGUGCUGCUAGAUCCAGAUCAACAAGCCCUGCAUUGGGAUGUCAUGGGAGAGAAUUAUGAGAUGUUGGCCUUCUUCAUUGGGGCUGCAAAAGAGAAUGAAAAUAUGGGAGCACCAUGUGAAACAUGGCUGAAAACACCGAGAUAUAAAGAGAGGGAGGAGCAAAGCUUGGAAAUGGAAGCAGAAGAAUAUAGAAGGAACCGGUGCCCUGUUGACACCAAGGAAAUCACAAUCCAAGAAAGAACGGACGAAAGCAGGACGGUCAAGACCGGCCUUGUCUUUGAGAAUGGCUUCUUCCAUGUGUUGUCAUGCUUGAGUGAUGAUAUCACAAAUGAUGUAGAGAAAGAACAAGCUAAAUGCCAACAGUGGAAAGAAAGCUUUGGAUCUAGUAUACACCUGACAAACUGUGAAAAUCCCCAAAUUGUGGACAAACCGUAUAAAUGCCCAGAGUGUGAAAAAAGUUUCCGUUGUAAAGGAAAUUUGCGAAAACACAGAAAGUGCCACUUGGGAAGGAGGCCAUUUAAGUGCCUCGAGUGUGGGAAAGACUUUGCCGAAAAGAGAAAUCUCGUUGCGCAUGAAAUGAAUCACAUAGGAAAGAGACCCUAUCAAUGCCCAGAGUGCGGGAAGAGUUUCUGUUUGAGAAAUACCCUCAACAGACACCAAAAAACCCACAUGACAGAGAAGCCAUAUAAAUGCCUGGAGUGUGGGAAAGGAUUUGCUCAAAAGAGAAGUCUGAUUGGACAUGAAAUGAAUCACAGGGGAGAGACACCCUAUAAAUGCCCGGAGUGCGGAAAGGGCUUCAAUGACAAGAGAAGUUUCAUUGGGCACGAAAUGACCCACAGGGGAGAGGCACCCUAUAAGUGCCUGGAGUGUGGCAAGGGCUUCAUCCUCAAGAGAAGUCUUUUCCUCCAUGAGAUGAAUCACAGAGGAGAGAAACCCUAUAGUUGCUUAAAAUGUGGGAAGAGCUUUAGCAGCCAAUUUGUUCUCAAAAAGCACCAGAAUACUCAUAGAGAAGAAGAGCCCCACACAUGCCUGUGGGAAGGGUCUCAGUAGGAUAGGGAAAAGGCAGAACUACUUAAUGCCUUCUUUGCCUCGGUCUUCUCACAAAAAGAAAGUCAUCUUCAACCUCAGCAAGAUGGAGUGGAUGAGGGAUUAGAGGACAUCCAACUCCAAAUUGGGAAACAAGUCACCCAGGAAUACCUGGCCGCUCUAAAUGAGUUCAAGUCCCCAGGGCCAGAUCAACUACACCCCAGAGUAUUGAAGGAACUAGCGGAAGUCAUUUCGGAACCAUUGGCAACCAUCUUUGAGAGAUCUUGGAGAACGG